GGGACAUUCACUGGACUGUAGUUCCGUCAUCCAGCUCAUCUCCGGGGCUACUGGGGGCCAAUGUUGAUUUGGGCGAAUUCACGUCGAUAUUGGUGGACAGUAGAUUUUAAAAAGCCUCAGGUUGCUAGCGCUGAAGCUUUCGACUGACAACACCGCAUCCCCGUUAUCUCAUCGCUGUUUUUUAAUGUCAUUUCCAAUUAUUAAUUUAUUUAUGUUUUUGGGGAGCCUGUGUUGACGGUGGGAAGCCAGGGGGGGCUUUGCUCGCAGGGGGCUGCAAGGAGGCAGAGGAGAAUACUGGCUUCUCGGCGACCCGGGAUUGUCGCUUAGAAUCGGCCGGGUGAGCGAGCGGCUGCCUGCACUCUCGCGGCAUCAGCAGCGGACAGCCUGUUCAAGAUCAACACCUUGUUCGGAUUUAGGAAAUACGCUCUAGUACUAAUCGACCUGCUCCUGCUUGGCGGAGCCCGAGAUCGCCCGUUGACAAGUUGUCAUCAUGGGCAACGCUCCCACGGCUCGGAAGGGCAGCGAGAUGGAAAGCGUUAAGGAGUUCCUUGCUAAAGCCAAAGAGGACUUCCUAAAGAAGUGGGAGAGCCCUGAACAGAACACUGCUUGCCUGGAGCAGUUUGAGAGGUUGAAAACUCUGGGCACGGGCUCAUUUGGUCGCGUUAUGCUGGUGAGGCACAGAGAAACGGGACAGCAUUACGCUAUGAAGAUCCUCAACAAGCAAAAGGUGGUGAAACUCAAGCAGAUUGAGCACACUCUGAACGAAAAGAGAAUUCUUCAGGCCGUCAACUUUCCUUUUCUCGUGCGGUUAGAGUACUCGUUCAAGGAUAACACUAACCUUUAUAUGGUCAUGGAGUAUGUGCCAGGUGGAGAGAUGUUCUCCCAUCUACGGAGAAUUGGCAGAUUUAGUGAGCCUCAUGCUCGGUUCUACGCUGCUCAAAUUGUUCUGACCUUCGAGUACCUGCAUGCUUUGGAUCUGAUCUACAGAGAUUUGAAACCGGAAAACCUUCUCAUAGAUCAACAGGGCUACAUACAGGUGACAGAUUUUGGCUUUGCCAAACGUGUAAAGGGCAGGACCUGGACACUGUGUGGAACUCCAGAAUAUCUGGCCCCUGAAAUCAUUCUUAGCAAGGGAUAUAACAAGGCAGUGGACUGGUGGGCGCUGGGCGUACUGGUCUACGAGAUGGCAGCCGGGUACCCGCCUUUCUUUGCUGACCAGCCCAUUCAGAUCUAUGAGAAGAUUGUAUCGGGGAAGGUGCGUUUCCCGUCUCACUUCAGCUCCGACCUGAAGGAUCUCCUGAGGAACCUGCUACAGGUGGAUCUCACUAAACGCUAUGGAAACCUCAAGAACGGCGUCAAUGACAUUAAGGGACACAAGUGGUUUUCGACGACAGACUGGAUUGCCAUUUACCAGAAAAAAGUGGAAGCUCCAUUCGUCCCCAAGUUUAAGGGGCCAGGCGACACCAGCAACUUUGACGACUACGAGGAGGAAGAGAUCCGCAUUUCCUUCAAUGAGAAAUGUGCCAAGGAGUUUGCUGAGUUCUAGAGUGAGUGUGUGAGUGAAUGAGUGAGGGAGUCGAUCAGAGAGCUGGGGGAGUCUGAGCUAGGCUGGUCGAGUGGGAGAUGUAAGGAGGAGCGUUACCGUCUCCUGUCACAAUCACAAGCACCAGCCGCAACUAGAGGGAAAGGGAAUCGAGCGAGGAGAACGAUAACCAGCAGUGUUGCCUUUUUUUUCUCUUCUACUUUCUUUAUGAUUCUGUCUCAUGUUUGGAUUCGUCUAUAAUGCAGUUGAGCUUCAGAUUCAUGGGUUGGGGAACCCCACUUGUUGAGGGGUCGCCUCUACAGUUUCCUCCCCGCCGUUAUGAUUUCAUCCUUCCCGUGCGCAGUCCGAGAGAGGCAAGUCCAUUUUUUAGAAUCAACCAACUGUGUUGGUUGUCCGCGAGGACCACUGGAGCCAGAUCAGCUGCAGUCUGCGCUGAAUUUUUAAAUUCACAUUGGUAAUUGCUUGAUUUGGUGAAAAACAGACAUUUCAAAGGAAGCGCUCAAA